GACGUCAUCGUCAUCAUGGCGGCGGGCGGGCUGCUGUGCCUGGCGGCCGCGCUGGGCCCGGUGCUCGGCGCAGCCCGUUACAGCCCGGACUGGGCCAGCCUGGACGCGCGGCCGCUGCCCGCCUGGUUCGACCGGGCCAAGGUGGGGCUGUUCGUGCACUGGGGCGUGUUCUCCGUGCCGGCGUGGGGCUCCGAGUGGUUCUGGUGGCACUGGCAGGGCGAGCACCGCGCCGACUACGAGCGCUUCGUGCGGCAGCGCUUCCCGCCCGCCGCCUCCUACGCGGACUUCGCGCCCCAUUUCACCGCCCACGACUUCCAGCCCCGGGAAUGGGCCCGGCUGUUCCGACGGGCCGGUGCCAGGUACGUGGUGCUGACCACAAAACACCACGAAGGAUUCACCAACUGGGGGUCACCUGUGUCCUGGAACUGGAAUUCCUUGGACACGGGGCCCCACCGUGACCUCGUGGGAGAGCUGGGACAGGCGCUCAGAGAGAACAACAUACGCUACGGACUGUAUCAUUCUCUGUUAGAGUGGUUUAACCCUCUCUAUCUGUCUGACAAAGAAAGCGGCUUCAAGACCCAGAACUUUGUUUUAAAGAAGACAAUGCCAGAACUCUUUGAUCUUGUCCUAAAGUACAAACCAGAUUUGAUUUGGUCUGAUGGAGACUGGGAAGCUCCAGACUCAUACUGGAAUUCUACCUCCUUCCUUGCCUGGCUGUAUAAUGACAGUCCUGUCAAGGAUACUGUUGUUGUGAAUGAUCGUUGGUGUAAUAAUUGCUCCUGCCAUCAUGGAGGCUUCUACAACUGUGCUGACAAAUACAAGCCAGGGACCUUGCUUGCUCACAAAUGGGAGAUGUGCUCCUCCAUUGACAAGCUCUCCUGGGGUUAUCGGAGCAACAUGCACAUUGAUGAGUUAAUGGAUGUAGCCAGUAUCAUUGAGGAGCUAGUGCAAACUGUGAGCUUUGGAGGCAACUACCUUCUCAACGUGGGACCUACAAAAGAGGGAGUGAUUGUUCCCAUCUUCCAAGAAAGGCUUCUGGCCCUUGGGAGGUGGCUGGACACUAAUGGGGAGGCAAUUUAUGAGUCAAAACCAUGGAGAGUACAGAUGGAGAACAGCACAGACACUGUCUGGUACACUUCCAAAGGAGCAGUUGUCUACGCCAUCUUUCUGACCUGGCCUCAGAACAGCGUGUUGCAGCUGUCUGCACCCACUGCAUCACCAGCCACACAAGUGUCGAUGCUGGGUUUGGCCGGGGCUCUGCAGUGGAGGGAGGCUCCUGAAGGGCUGCUCGUGGAUUUACCGGCCGUGCCUCCGUCUCCCGUGUGCUCACAGCCGGGCUGGGCUGUUCGGCUGGAGGGCGUGAAGUGACAGCAGCCACCGCCCGGCUGUUCAAUGAGCCUCAGUUCGUUCACUGCUCAAUAAACCGGUGUUCAGGACAGAA